CAUUUCUUAAACGUAAUUAUAACCUCAAAUCCUUAACCUCUUCACGUGUUUAUAACUUUAUUAUAAAAGUUUGAGUAAAAAUGGGAAAAAUACAGAACAAAGCUGGUGUUAAGACGAAAUUGUUUAAAGUAAAACCGAAAGGUGCGACGUUUAAAUUAAAACCAAAAUGUAUCAAAAAUUUUGAAAAAUCGAAAAGCUUUAAAACAUCAAAAAAUUUAAAAACACCAAAAAAUUUAAUAAAAAUCCCAAGCGAGGAAAACGAAGAUGUUUUAGAAAAUUCCGAUGAAGAGGAUUUAAACGAAUCGCUUAAUAAUGAGGAAAUUAAAGAAAACAAUAUCGAUGAGGAUUCAAAUAGUGAUGAUGAAGAUGUCAAUAUACAAGAAAAUAAAUUUAAAGAAUCUCUCGCAAAGUUACAAGAAACCGAUGCGGAAUUUUAUAAUUUUCUCAAAGAAAAUGAUAAGAAGCUGUUAAGUUUAAACUUUUCUGAUGAUGAAGACGAAGUUGAUUCUGAAGAGGAAAUAGACGAAUUACACAAACCCGAAGGAAAAUUAGAAGUGGCCAGCGACGAAAGUGAUUUCGAAGAUGAAUCGGUAAAAAGAGAUGGACGAGUAGUAACUUUAAAAUUAUUAAAAACUUGGCGGAAAGACAUCGAAACCGACGCUUCAAAUAAAACGUUAACCACGUUAAUUAAAGCAUUCCAUGCGGCUGUUUUAAGUGUUUCUGCGGAUAAUUCACAGGAUAUUUCCGAGUUUAAAGUUGAGGGAUCUGCCGUUUUUAAUGGAAUUAUUCAGGUUUGUGUUUUAGAAUUGGGCCCAGCUAUAAGAAGGUAUUUAAAAAUAUCACCCGGUUCGAAACAGCCACCUCAUAAAUGUAAACGAUUCAUAAAAAUCAAAGCAGUUUUGCGGGGUUAUUUCACUGAUUUAUUAAAAAUUUUAAAAGGCGUUACAUCUCCGAAUAUAUUAACGGUUUUAUUAAAACAUCUACAUUAUAUGGCGCCUAUGUUGGUGUCUUAUGGGAAUGUGACAAAAUCGGUUUUAAAGAAAUUGACGGAUUUGUGGAGUACCUCCGAAGAGAAUGUUCGAGUUGUGGCUUUUCUUUGUAUUUUACGAAUGGUGACGAAUCAGCAACAAUCAUUACUUGAUUUAGUGCUAAAAAUGAUGCAUUUAGCUUAUGUGAGGAAUUCGAAAUUCGUGAGUACGAGUACUUUGCCGGGGAUUAACUUUAUGCGAAGAUCGUUGGUUGAAAUGUACGCUUUGGAUGUUAACGUGGCUUAUCAACACGUUUUUUUAAAUAUUCGUCAAUUAGCGAUACAUUUAAGGAAUGCGAUUACCGUUAAGAAGAAAGAAAAUAUUCAAACGGUUUAUAAUUGGCAAUUUAUAAAUUCUUUGAGGUUAUGGGGAAGUUUGCUAUCAAUGAUUUACGAGAAACCCCAAAUGAAACCUUUGAUUUACCCGUUUGUUCAGGUGUGUUUAGGAACGUUAAAACUUGUUCCAACCACUCAAUAUUACCCUUUAAGAUUUCAUGUUACCCAAGUUUUAAUCGAUUUAUCAUCAAAAACUCGAGUUUUCAUCCCAAUUUUGCCGUUUAUCAUCGAGAUUUUAAGCCUGUACGAUUUUAAUAAGAAGCAUCAAAAAGUUUCGAUGAAACCACUUCAUUUCACGUGUAUUUUAAGGCUAUCUAAGUCGCAAUUAUUAGAAAACGGGUUCAAAGAUGCUUUAAUCGAUGCAAUUUAUUCACAACUUUUAGAGUAUUUAGCUAAUAAUUCAAGUUCUUUAGCUUACCCAGAUUUGACGCUUUUCGUAGUUGUUCAACUUAAACAAUUCUUGAAAACCUGUAACAUUGCGAGUUAUUGUCGAAAAAUUAAACAAAUUUUAGAGAAAAUCGAACAGAACUCAAAGUUUAUCGAAAAGGAGAGAAAAUCGAUUCAGUUUAAUUUAAAGGAUUCGAAAGGAAUUGAUGCCUGGGAAAGCUUGGUUAUUAACAAAGGGACGCCUUUAAAGGAGUAUUACGAGAAUUGGAAUAAAUUGAGGACGAUUAAAAGGAAUAAGGAAGCAACGGGAAAUGAUAAAUUGGGUGAAUACAAUUUGCCGAUACUCAAAAAGGGCGUUAUUAACAAGAAAGUAAGUGAUGAGAAGGUUGAGUUAUUCCCAUCGGACUCUGAAAGUGAAGAGGAAACUCAAUUGAAGAAGAAACGGGGUAAACGAGGAGGUAAAAAUGUGAAUAAAAAGAAAAAGGUUAUUGAUGUAAGUGACGAUUUUGGAGAUUAUGGUGAUCAAGAUGAUAUCGUUGAAGAUAUAAAAUUAGAUGAUUGGUGAUUUAAUUCGUAUAUUCUUAAUAAAAAUUAUUUAAAAAUG